GCCCUGCAGCAAUUGCUGACAAAUCAUUUGGCAUUUGACUGCGCUGGAUUUUUUUCCUCAAAUGUUGCCUUUUUACCCCAUUUUUUUUCCGUUGGCUUUGGCAUUUUUCCGCUGCGGUUGCCAUUUUGGCAUGUGCCAGCCGACAUUUUUGAGCCCCAUAUGUCUGGCAGCGUCUACACAGUAUCUGGCACUGUCUGGCAAUGUCCAUUUGUCCAUCGAUUGUGGCAGUGCACUGCAAUGUUGCAACAGUCCUCGCCUCGGUCUGUCUGCUGCCACAGCCUGUUCGUCGUCCUCCUUCAUGGUGGGGAAUGGAUAACUUUACCUGUAUCUCUCGUCCAAUCCGUCUGUCUGCUGUCGGUUCUGUAUCGAGAACAGAAACUGCAACACAGCAAAACAGCAAAACAGCAACAACGUUGUUGCAAGUUGGAAUUGGAAUUUCGAUUUUUCACAAGUUCACAUGUUUCUGCGCCCCUCAUUCGAGUCCGCCUUCGAGUGCGUUGCGCCUUGACCGUGGCAGAGGCAGAGCCAGAGCCAGAGAGGCAGUCGAAGAGUUCGUGGCAAGGAGUGCAGUGGUGUGGAGUGGAGUGGAGUGGAGGAGGUAGCCAGUGGAGCGAGACCAUGCCACAGAUGAUGAUGAAGCCGCCAACGCCGCCGCCACAGCAACAACUUCAUGCCGCAAUAAAUACGUGUGGGCGCCCGCCCUGCGCCCACGUGCUGCAUCAUUUGUUCGAGUAUGUGAGGGUCAGUUCAUGCAUGCAUUCUGUCAGUCAAGAGUUCCAUUCAAUCCAUCUAAAUUAAUGUGUGAAUACUAUGCGGACUUUUUGGUAGUUAAAGCCGGAAAUUAAAUAUUUUUAAAGGCGAUUCGGGCUGAGCAAUCGAAAUACCUCGACGAAAGUGUUGGCCACAACAACUGAUACUACACGGAUGGCACGCAAUUUACAAAUUGUAUAUUGUAUCGACAGCUGCCGAAUAAAUAUGGUGGAUAAAAUUUAACGCCUUUUUUAUGAUUAAUUCGCUGUCAUUUAAUUGCCACAAAAUGCGACAAAAACAGAUAAAAUGCUCAAACAAAAAUUGUAUUUUCGUUGUGUCCCCAUUUGCAUAUUUCCCAAAUGCAUACAAGAAAAAAAAUCGCUGUCCAAUUGGCUUUUUGAAUAAUCGAAACAUGAAAUGGAAAAACCCCAUAUCGGCGAGAAGAGGCGCCACUUGCCGCAGUUUAUGCAAAUGCUGCCACACGAUUGUUGACAUUUAUUUUUAUACGAGUAAGCGGCAGAGAGAUGUACCGGGUCGAAUGCUUAAAAAAAAAACAGUUAAAACCAGCUACAUUUAAUGGGUCGUAAAAUGGCAGAAACUUAAAUUGAUUCGCUGCCCCACACACUCCUUCAGCAGCACUAAAAGAGAUCACUUGGCGUAUGGGUAAUAUUUAUUACAUUUACAAGAUAACUAUGGAGACUGUGCGGCAGUGGGUGUUGCAGAGUGUAAACAUAGCUGAGCAUAUAUGUAUGUAAUUGAAAGAUGCUGAUUAGAUACCAUUGAGCACAACAGAAUGUAAGCCAAUGAAAGGUGGAAUGGGGCCUCAAAAUGAAAUGCAAAACAAUUCAAAUUAAUUGCAAAUGGAAAUUUGAGAAAUUUUAUGGCUGGCGGCUGUCAAGGGACAAAUAAGUGUACUGAAUGCCUAUCAAUAUGUUAAUUUGUAAAUGAGGAAUUCAAUAAUAAAGCAGAGACGGAUAAGGGAAUGCGGCAUGGGACAAUUUUCUAAGGGGAGAACGUCUCACAUAACAGACAAAGUGGGAUACGAAAUUAGUAAUUAAGUAUUUGAAGCCAUUUCCACUGCUUUGAAAUCGAUUUAU